AUAACAUAGAUUCUACACACGGGAUCACCGAGUAGAGAGAGGAACAGAGCCUGCGUCCCGCCCACAGACGCACCAUGCCACACGACAAAGUUCCAGAUACCCCCGUGGAGGUUCUUGUGGAUCUUCUAACAAAAGCUAAAGACAUAGCCACAGCAAAUGGCAGCGUCCCCACAGAGCUGACGGACCAUCUUCAGCGAGCUCUGGACAUCGCCACUGGCCUGGACGACUACCUGGACAAGUUCACCACACCGGAAAGUGAACCCCUGGCUGAGCUAUACGAGAAAACUGUAAGUCAUGACUGGGACCGUGUGCACAAGGAGGGUAAGACUAAGUUCCGGCUUCCUAAAGAGUGCAUCACUGGACACGUGGAAGGUCAAACUCUGAAAACACUGGUGCACAUAAGUCACGCCAAGAGAAUCCUGGAGAUCGGGAUGUUCACGGGAUAUGGGGCGCUCUCUAUGGCAGAGGCUCUUCCGGACGACGGUCGUUUGGUGGCUUUGGAGUUGGAGGCUUAUCUAAAGGAAUUUGCACAACCUAUUUUUGACAAGUCUCCACAUGGAAAGAAGAUAAUUGUUAAAAUUGGAUCUGCGAUAACCAGCCUUAGGGAGUUGGCAGACGCGGGAGAACAGUUUGACAUGGUCUUCAUUGAUGCAGAUAAACCUAAUUACAUCAACUACUACAAGUGCAUCCUGGACAAUAAUCUGCUGAGAUUACAAGGCGUCAUAUGUGUGGACAACUCCCUCUUUAAAGGCAAAGUUUAUCUAAGAGACAUCACCGAUCAGAACGCCGUGGCACUGAAGGAAUUCAAUGACUUUGUCGCCCAAGAUCCACGUGUGGAACAAGUGAUUCUCCCUCUACGAGAUGGGAUCACUGUUGUCAGACGAGUUUCCGCUGCUGUUGAAAGUUCUAGGAUGAAGGCAAACAUCACCAAUGACGAGGUGUUCCGUGGAGUGAUGGGACGUUCUAUUCUGGAUCGAAUGCGUCUGGACGGGCGGGUGGCCUAUGUGACCGGAGCGGGACAGGGCAUUGGCCGAGCCUUCGCCCACGCGCUGGGGGAGGCGGGGGCUAACGUGGCUGUGGUUGAUAUCGAUCCGAUCAAAGCUGAUACUGUGGUCAAAGAACUGAAUCUUAAAGGGAUCCACAGCCUGGCCGUCACAGCAGACAUAAGCAAAUUUGAAGAUGUCCAGAGGAUGAUGGACUGUAUCGUGUCCAAAUGGGGGACAGUGCACAUUGGCUGUAACAACGCAGGGAUCAACAUGAACUCAGCCAGCGAGGACACCACUUUAGACGAGUGGGACAAAACAUUCAGUGUGAACCUCAGAGGGACGUUUAUGUGCUGUCAGGCGGCCGGUCGAGUGAUGCUGAAGCAGGGAUACGGCAAAAUCAUCAACACUGCCUCCAUGGCCAGUCUCAUCGUGCCUCAUCCACAGAAGCAGCUGUCGUAUAACACGUCCAAGGCCGGCGUGGUCAAACUCACCCAAACCCUGGGCACGGAGUGGAUUGACCGUGGAGUCCGUGUUAACUGUAUAUCGCCGGGCAUCGUGGACACCCCUCUCAUCCACUCGGAGAGCCUGAAGCCCCUGGUGCAGCGCUGGCUGUCAGAUAUCCCUGCUGGUAGACUGGCUCAAGUGACAGACCUGCAAGCAGCGGUGGUCUACUUGGCAUGUGACGCCUCCGACUACAUGACAGGGCAUAACUUAGUCAUAGAGGGUGGGCAAAGUCUAUGGUAGAGUCCCCACUAGAAGAGAUCAAAACUUCAGGCUUAGAAAUAAAAGCGUCAAAAAGGGAAAGCCUGGAAAAAGAAAACCAAAAACCCAACAGAUGCGAAGUUAGUUACACGUAGAAUAAGCACCACAAGCUUUGAUACGACUUCACGUGCUGCAAAACAUAUCGUUUUUACAAAUUACAUCGUUAUUUUACACAUUACACACAAGCCCAAAACUGGAGAAGUAAACAUUUUAAUUGCAUUUUGACAGAUCUGUGCUAAAAUGUACUUUCUAUUGCUGUAAAUGUCCAUAAUUAUCGACCAGCCACAACCCAACAAGACGUGAUUUCUUAUUAAUUAGUGAAAAGUCCCACUCUGCUAUCUAAAUAUGUGAUUAAAGAUGAGUUAUUCUGAAUGCUUUACUUUAUUAUUUUUACUGUUCUGAUCAUAAAACGGUGUCAGGGUGAUUAUACGGCCGUUAAUGAGAAACACAAGUUCAUAUUUAUGGAUAUCUUUUGUGUUGGGUCAAGUAGUGCUUGAUUUGGCAAAUUUUUCAUGAAAAGAAUGAGCAUCAUAGUAGUAAUACUGUAGUAAACUGUUUCUUUCUAUGUUACAAAUGUGAUGAGCAGCAAAGUUUAUAGAAAAAGAUCCACAACAUCUCAAAAUGUGAAGUAUUGAUAUAGUUACAUAUUUAAGUUCGCUCAUAAAAUAACUACAAU